AUGGACACUUACAGGCAUGACAGAAUAAAAGCCAGAGAAAUGAGUUACAAGGUGGACUAUGCGGACAAAUGCGAUGAUAACGCGGUAAAUGACAAGACUGGCUGUGAUGACGGCGUUUUGCAUAAGAAUUUGGAGCAAGGCAGCAUGACAACCGAGGAAAGACAUGUUGAUAAUGCCAAACAGGAUGGUGAUAUGUGUGCAGAUGAGCAGCUAAUCAGCUGUUUGUGCGAUUUUGCAAGUUUUUUGGUCGAUAACGGUGAUGUAAAUGUGAAUAAGUAUAGCUUUCCAAGCUCGUAUCGCAGCUCGAACUCUGUACAAAAUAUUUUUAGCCCCAUUCUUAGCACGAGCUGCUCACCGUUAGAAACGUUUUUGAAAGAGAAGAAUAUUUCGCUCACGAGCAUUGACUCGUUGAAGAGCGCGUACUACGGGCACAAUAAAAACAAUGACGAGGACAUGCGCUUAAAACCGUUUAUCGGCUCGUCAAUGAAAAUGAUGGAGAAAACAAGUGAAAGGAAGUGUAAAACGGCCAAGCCUACGCUAUUGGAAAUGAUAGAUAACGAUAACCCGCGGGAAUGCUCAACGGCAUAUCCUCUCAAGACGCCGUCAUCUCUUACACCGAUCGGUGACGAUUUCAGCUUUUUAACGCGAAUUUUUACAGAAGAGGGCAGCUGCGAGCACAAGGAAGACUUUGUAAACGAUAUAAAGGUGUACUUGGACAGGAAGAACGAAGAGAAUGUGGUUGUAGACAUUGAUACGUGCACAAACAUCGUUAAAGAUCAGGAGGGAAGCCGAUUCAUACAGAAACGGCUGGAGUUGAGCACCGAUGAAGAGUGGAUAUGGCUUGUGAAGCACAUCAAGGUCAAAGAGCUGUGCACUGAUCUGUUUGGAAAUUACGUUAUCCAAAAAUUAAUUGAAAAUCGAGAUUGUCACGCAUACAUCACGCAGUACUUGGAGGGAUGUUAUAAGGAAAUGAGCGUGAACGCUUUUGGCUGCAGAGUUGUACAGCGACUGCUUGAUGAAGAUGUGAAUGGCGGGGGUGAGUACUACCACCGAAUAGCAGAUGAGCUGAAAGCACAUAUUCUCGAUUUGGUGUAUGACUCCAAUGGAAAUCACGUUGUCCAAAAAAUAGUAGAGCGUGAGAUUGACUUUGAGAGCGUUUUCUACAACGAUUGCAUUCAGCUGAGCAACCAUAAGUACGGUUGCCGUGUCCUCCAGAAACUUUUUGAGAAAAACGAGUGCAGCACUAUAAUAGGCAAGUUGAUUGAUAAUUGUCUUGAUCUGGCCGAGAACCAAUACGGUAAUUAUGUGCUGCAGCACAUAAUUACGAUACGGCCCGAGUAUCUCGUGCGCGUAAGCGAUAUUCUCUCGCCCUAUAUUUUUUCGUUUUCCCUGCACAAGUUCGCCAGUAAUGUCAUCGAAAAAAUCAUAAAAAUGUGCGACGAAAAGCGACUGAACAGUAUCCUUGACGAGCUACUGGCCAGUAAUUGUAUUUUGAAAAUGAGUAUGGAUAAAUACGCGAAUUAUGUCAUACAACGAAUACUUGAAAGCAAAUCACGCGAACGCGUUACCAAUGUUUUGAUGGCGAAUGUCAAUGAGCUGAGAAACUGUGUAUAUUCUAAGCAGAUUGUUGUUAGGCUGUCUAAAAGCAAGUGAA